CUAUAUUGACCGUUAUUCUGUUAUAUGUAGCAUUAUAUCUACUCGUCUAUUGCAUUUUUCGACUGUGGAGGAAAUUUAUACCAAAAGUCGUGGAACACGACAAAAAGGCUCCGAAGAAAAGAGUACAGUCUCUUGACACUUUUAGAGGAUUGACUAUUGUUACCAUGAUAUUUGCAAAUUUUGGAUGUGGUGGAUACGGAAUUAUUGAACAUGCUAAGUGGAAUGGUCUUCAUCUGGCUGACUUGGUUUUCCCUUCGUUUGUAUGGAUAAUGGGAGUGUGUAUACCGAUCAGUUUGUCCUCUAGUUUCAAAAGAAAUGUUCCUGAUAAAACCUUGAUAUUCAAUAUCACAAAGAGAUCCAUAAAAUUAUUUUGUUUAGGAAUAUUCCUGAACAGUGGAGCCGAUCUCAAUUAUCUUCGAUUAUUUGGAGUUCUGCAACGUUUCAGCAUUGCCUAUUUUGUCGUUUCGAUAGUGUGUAUAUAUAGUAUGGACAGAUCGCAAGAGCAGCCCGAGCAGGGCAUUUUUGCAGAUAUUAUGCGAAUAUGGAAAGGAUGGGUGGUAGUUAUUUCAAUUUUGGUGACUCAUACUGCUGUGAUAUUCACAGUAGCUGCCCCAAAAUGCCCGAGGGGAUACAUGGGACCAGGAGGACUACACGAAAAUCUUGCACAUAAAAACUGUAUAGGGGGAGCAACAGGUUACAUAGAUGGACUGAUAUUGGGUAAUCAUAGAUACCAGAAUCCCACUAUAUAUUCUGUAUACGAAGCUAAACCGUUCGAUCCUGAGGGAAUAGUGG